AGUGAGCAAACAGCAGCACCGGUAGCUCAGCAUUCUGCGUUGGGACAGUGGGAUGGACAAAAAAGUGCAAAACACAUACACGCUGCUGGCACAGGCGCUACUGUUGUACCUGUGCUCCCAGGUAUGCUGUCAACAGUGUGCCAAGCCGUGCCAGUGUCCCAGGCCUGUUCCAGUCUGUCCUGAUGGCGUCGCUCUCGUCCGGGACGGAUGUGGAUGCUGCCAAGUGUGUGCCCGGCAGAAGGGUGAAGCCUGCACUGACAUACUCGUGUGUGACAAGCAGCAGGGCCUGGAAUGUGACUACAGCGCCAGCUACCCCGGAGAUCCAGGAGAGUGUGUCGGUCAGGAAGAUCUGCGUUGUGAGCUGAAUGGCGUCUCUUAUCAAGACGGUGAGGUGUUCCAGCCCUCCUGCACCACACAGUGCAAAUGUACAGGUGGAGGAGUGACCUGCGUGCCCCUGUGCCCUGAAGAUAUCCGCCUGCCCAGCUCAGAUUGCCCAUAUCCUCAUAGGGUCCAGCUGCCAGGAAAGUGCUGUAAGGAGUGGGUGUGUGAGAGCUUGGACAACAGAGUGUUACAGAAUGAUCAAACAGCUUACAGACAUGCCAAUGCUUUAACUGCACUUCCUGGUUACCGGACCAGCCCCAGCGUAAACUGUAUAUAUCAGAACACGGAGUGGAGUGCCUGCUCAAGUACUUGUGGCCAGGGGAUUUCCACUCGUGUAAGCAACCAGAAUGCAGCCUGCAGACCUGAACAGCAGAUCAGAAUGUGUAAUAUCAGAUCAUGCCAGAUAUUGCCACAUCAAAGACCUGUGUGGCCAAGGAAAUGCCAGUCUAGCUACAAGUCAAAUGUUCCCACACACCUGCUCUAUCAAGGCUGCUACAGCACACAAACUUACCGUCCCCGUUAUUGUGGCCUCUGCACUGACGGCCGAUGUUGCACACCUUAUCAGACCCAGACCGUCACAGUGACCUUCCGCUGUCCAGGGGGCCGCCUGAUCCGCCAAGGUGUCAUGAUGAUCAGGUCCUGUGUUUGUCAUAAAAACUGUCCCCAUUUAUUUACUGAGAAUUACAAGUCUUGGAGUCUUGGUCUGUGGGGAUAGAGACUCUAAUGCAAUGAUUCCCACAAAAAAAGGCUGAAGCCUAGGAAAUAGCACUUUGCACAUGACGCAGUAUUUUCUUUUUUUUUUUUUACCAGGAAUGGAUUAGUAAAUCUUGUCAUAGAGAAGACAGAUUUAUUUUAGGCAACUGGCUUCUUUCUUGCUUUUCUCCUGACAAACUCUUUUAACAAAUCCACUAAAAUCCAGAUCAUAAGCAAGCUUUAACUCAGUUGUUUAACAAUCCAUUGGGCAGAAUGAAAAUUAUUUGGCUUUCUUUCAUAUUUUGUAACAUUCAACAGUUUGGGUUUUGUUAAGGCACUGCUGUGUGAUUAAAUGGUUUUGGUUUCCACAGCUAAAGUUCCUGUUCAGGGUAACCAAAUGAAGGUAAAUUAUUACCUCACUCAUUUGUUAAAUUAUAUUAAGCCAUAAAAUUAAUAUAAUUAGAUGCGUGGUCGAUUUAAGUCACAGUAAAUUUAGGUGUCAAACAGCUAGCUGUCUGCUAGACAUUAUUAAGCUAAUUAGCUAGCUGUAAUUGUUGUAAUUUAACUUGCCACACGCCAUAUAGAAGUUGACAUGGUUAAAUUCAAUCAAAUGCAAAAUAACAAUAGCAUGUAAAUUCAUCUUAACCACCUUAGAAUUUUAGCUAAGCUAAAGCUAAGCUAGCUAACUUGUGGUAACUGAGGUAGGUAGGCAUGUUCCAACCAACUGCUAAGUUCUGUUUGCUCCACUUAUGGAUUUACAAGGUUUUAGGCUGAGUUUAAGUGCCAGGAUUAAGAUUAAGAUUCAGUUAUUUGUUUAAUUAAUUUACUAUAAGUUAAAUAUACCUUAUAGUACAGUGAAAAGAUUUUUCAAGUAUCCCGGGUAGGAAGCUGUGGACAGAGCCCAGGAAUACAGCACCCCUUGCUCAAGGGCUCAACAGUGGAAGCCUAGUCCUGUAACCCAUAGCCAUAACCGAUCACCACGUCCCCAAGAUGGCUGCUCUUUUGAAAACCUAUGGGUGAUGUCAUGGAGGGUUUAUCCACUCUUUUUAUACAAUUUUGGUUCAAAUUUAUGCCUACUUGGCAGGCGCACUGCCUAAUAGCUCUGGUCACUGAACCAUUCCUGUCGUUAUGUAUAAAGAGCUCGUGAUUACACAUACAUUUCUAUUGGCCUUGCUUGAUAAGGUAGCGGACUGACCUGAUUCUUCACUUAUAUUCUAUGUAUAUAGACCUGCUCUUUUUUUAAUGUGGUAAAAAUUUUAUUUUUUACAUCUUGUACAGAUCUUUAACCCAUUCCUCUUAGUUAGGAUCGUAUAAUGGCAGCUAUCAGUCUCGACCGCUUAUAGCUUCUUACUGUAUGUAAAUUAAUUAUCAUUCGGACACUUACGGUCCUCCAGUGUUGAAUACUUUUGAAUGUUUAAAACUGGAAGGUCAGUGUGGACCAACAUUUCCAAAGUUUCUUCCAAGCUUCGACCUUGAACCCUUAUCAAUAUACAGCCUUAUACAAAUGCCAGGAAGCUUGAAGUGCAAUACAUUCUUUCGAAAGUAUUGUAAUAUUGUUCAUUCCUAUCCAGAAGGCUAUUGUAACAUGAUUUUCUUUCCUUCCAUUCUUUAUCCAGACGUUUCUUACAUCCAGGCUGUCACUAGAUUAAGGGUGAAAUAUUGUACGGUCUAACCUUUUUAAUUAUUAUUAUUUUAAAGAGACACCAACUGUUGUGUUGUGAGACACAUUAUUUUGUCCAUGUAAUUUCCUGUAAAUAUUUGUAAAUGCACUUAUAAUAUUUUUUAUAUGUUUAUAUAUAUAUUGGUUUGUAAAUUA